UGGAGCUAACCACAGGGCUAACCAUGAGGCUAACCAUGAGGCUAACCAUGAAGCUAACCAUGAGGCUAACCAUGGAGCUAAUGAAGACGCCCUUAUCUUCUGGACGUCCCCCGUCAAAAUAAAAGCUUCAUUGACGACAGGAGUUUUAUUUAGUAGAAAAUUAAAACCUUAAAAAGUGAAGUUAAAGUGUUUAUUAUUAAAGACGUCCAACGUGUCCAUCGUCCACCUGGGACUCUGAUACCUGUACAUGUACGUCCACAUCCAGGGGACACGCUCAGAGGACGUCUUCUGUCCUCCUCUGUCCUCUGGUGUGGACGGACGACGUCUCUCUGCCUCUGCUCAGAUCAAAGAUGGAGGACGACGGGGACACGUCUCCGUCUCUCUUCCUGAGCUCCGGUUUCAGUGUGUCCAUAAACAGUCAUCAGCCGUCCACAGGAAGACAGAGCGUCCCCCACGUCUUUCAUCUGGAGACGACGGGUUUAAGACGAGGAAACUACAAACACUCAUUUCUGUCUUUGAUGUCUGAGCAAGAACAAACGAGAGACACACACAGGGACAGAGACACGGGGACAGACAGAGACACACAGGGACAGACAGAGACACACAGGGACAGAGACAGAAAGACAGAGACAAACAGGGACAGACAGAGACAUGGGGACAGACAGAGACAUGGGGACAGAGACAGCGGGACCUCCUUCAGAUGGUGUCCAUGUCCUAUCUUCACCUGAAGAGUCAACACACACCUGAGGGGGCGGAGCCUCCGCAGGUAAAAGCCUCCUCCUCCUCCCAGUCUUCAGUCAGAGACACUGAGGACGAGAGGACGAGGAGGACGAGAGGACGGGAGGCUGCUUCUGAAGGUGAGGACGUGUUUCAGUGUCUUUAAACCAGUGUCCACAGGUUUAGAGGACGGACAGAGGACAGAGGACAGAGACAGGAUGAACUAAAAGAGACAGACGUGUCCCAGUGUCUUCACUUACUGAGAGGACUAUUACUGUUACCAUGACAACGCCUUCAUUCAUCCAUUCACUGAUCAGCUGAUCUUUAGUCACAACAUCCGAGACACGAGGACACAAGACGUCCACAAGACGUCCACCUGUGUCCCUGAUUCAGUUUCAGGAGGAGGAGGAGGAGGAGAAGGUCCCAGCAGGAGUCCAGGCGUCCCUGAGGUGUAACCUGGUCUCAGUUGGAGGACGUGUGUCCUCUCGUCCUCUCUCGUCCUCUCAGGUCUCUUGUGCGUCGUGGUGCGUUUUGUCCGGACGCCUCUAAUGUUGUUGUGUUGAAUAUUAGAUGUUGAUUUAAAAGCUGUUUCACCGUAAAAGGUAGAAAUAAAAUAACGAGGAAAUGAUUGAAUGGGAUCAAAUAUCGAUGGUUUUCUUCUGAAUGAAACGUUACAUCAGAGUCAUGUUUCAUACGGGAACAGCAGAGUUAUAACAGACAUAAAACACAUAAAACACAUAAAAUACAUGUCUUUUUUGUAAAAAACAUUUCAAACUUUCCGUAUUUUCAGACACUUGAUGAAGAUGAAGCCUUUUAGUUUUGAGCAUGAAUUAGUUUUAGUGAUUCAUGCAGAAAAGGUAGAAAAAACAUUGAAGUCUGAGACUUUUACGGCAGUUUCUUUAUGCGUGAACCUUUUUGCCAUGAAGGCGUCCAGAGGGGACAAACUUAGAGGAGGACAUGAGGCUCAUGAAGGACAAGCCUCCUCCAAUCAUUGAGUCAUUGAACGCAUCACAGUGUGAUAUUUAAACGAAGUGAUUAAAGAAUCAGGAGGAGCCUUUGAACUGUUACCUUCUAAUUUAAACCUGUCUCCAGGACGUGAAGCGUCUCCAGGAGGUGAAGCGUCUCCAGGACGUGGAACGUCUCCAGGAGGUGAAGCGUCUCCAGGAGGUGAAGCGUCUCCGGGAGGUGAAACGUCUCCAGGAGGUGAAACGUCUCCAGGAGGUGAAGCGUCUCCAGGAGGUGAAACGUCUCCAGGACGUGAAACGUCUCCAGGUCAGGGAUUGGCUGGUCCAGGUCACAUGAUGAGCUCCACCUUCUGUCCUCUCAUGGAGCAGCAUCCAUCUUACCUGAGUCUCCAUCUGUCCCCUGGACUCCACGAGGACCACGGAGUCCCCCAGGACAUCCCCUUCCUCCUCUACCCCCCCGCCCUGCGGGACCCCGGGCUGCUGCCCUACCUGGGCCCCUUCCCCCCCGCCCCCCGCGGCCCCCUGAGGGUCCUGGAGUGUCCCCUGGAGUGUCCCUUGGAGCCGGCCUUCGUCCAGAGGCGGAACGAGAGGGAGCGUCAGAGGGUGAGGACGGUGAACCAGGGCUACGCCGCCCUCAGAGACCACCUCCCGGGACAGGGCCCCGACAAGAGGCUCAGCAAGGUGGAGACGCUGAGGGCCGCCAUCAGCUACAUCCGCUACCUGCAGGGCCUGGUGGAGGACGUCCCCCGGUCCCCUGGCCCGUCCCCCGGCCCGUCCCCCGGGCCUGGAGGACGCUCCUAGGACGGUCUGAAGGCCGCUGUCUGCACCCCCACCACCCCCCCACCCCGUCCCUGGAGGACGGCCUGUGGACAGGUCUCCGUUGCUAUGGUUACGGUCCUGGGACCAUUAAACUCAAUCAGAGGCCGAUCAUUAAAUACUGAUUUUAUUGACGAGAUGAUGAAGAUGAUGAUGAAGCAGUUAGAAAAAUAAAAAGCUUUAAAACCAAA